UGCUCUUCGAAAAUACGGAAUACAAUGCCAAGAUAACGCUCUCUGUCGUCGGCCAGGCUUGAGUAUGCCUUUACUGUGGUAUCAGGAACGCCCAACACGGUACGAUCUCGAUCAGUCGGCAUGACGAACAAUACUUCUUGCUCUCCGGUUGGCAACUGUACGAUUUUGGGGGGUGCUAAGACCAAUGGGACGUUCUACGUAGCUCAAUAUGACCCAACCUUCCCGGCACCAUUUUGGCAUCAACGAAUGGAAUUGGCUACGAUAUGCGUGUGUAAUUCAUUAACACUCAUUCUGAUCGUUGCGAGACUCAUUUACCGAUGGAGGAAAUUCAGGAAGUUAAAGGGCGACGACUUGUGGAUGGUAGUGGCAGGUGUAUGUGAUGCUAUUCAGUCGAUUUUGGGUUUACUAACCUCGGCCAGGUAUUCUUGACAGCUCUUUUUGCCAGUCAGAUAGGCACGAACAUGUAUGGAAGUGGACUUCACAUGCAGAAUGUUAAGACAGCAUGGAGAGCAUGGCACUGGCGCUUCACCAUCGGCUUCGCUGCGUACUAUAUUGUCGUCUCUUGUAUCAAAUUAUCCGUCUGCUUCUGUUUUCUUCAAAUCUUAACUUAUAACUUAAAAGGCCUGCGUUAUUGCGUCUACGGCUUAUGUACCAUUAUUGCGAGUCUGGGAAUCGUGUGUACAGUCCCUUGGGUGUUUGGAUGCACGCCAUUUCUGUCCAACUUUUAUUGGAGCGUCACGAUGGAGUCUUGCGUGAAUUACGACAUAUUCCGAUGGCUCUGGAUUAGUGUAUCCGUUCCAAUUGACUUGGUCAUCAUGAGUGUUCCACUACGAAUCCUCAACCGCGUCCGGCUACGAGUUCACGAGAAGAGAAUCCUACAAAUGGUCUUCUGCGCUACCCUACUGGGUACGAUCGCUUGUCUCGUGGGCAUUUACGGAUCAUACAGGACUCGUACAGCUGAGAGCAACGACCUUUACUACAACGAAGUAUCCUUUAUCAUGAUGAACGAUAUCGAAGUAUUCGCCUACACACUAGGUGCUUCUUUUCCAGUUCUCUCCCGCUACAUCGUUGCAAAGACUGAUCGUGGCCCUGAACCAACCCACGCUAACUUCUCCUCUUGGGCUCGAUACAUCCCUGAUUUCUUCCUCUCCACCUCCCACCGAAACAGCCAUCGCAGCCAACGAACCAGCCACCGCAAUACCACGCGCCGUACCACCCUUGACGUCCGCAACACCUCUCCAGAACUCCAUACGCCCAUCAAACACCCCGACGAACAUUCACUACCGAGUGGAAGCGAGCACAAUUUCGCGCUAGGCGGUUCAACGUCCUUGAACAAGUCGAGGAGCUCACAGACGGGGAGUAGUGAGGGCGAUGUUGAUCUCGAGAAGGCUGCGGCGCAGGAAUCGGCGAGGAUAGUACAUGUUACGACGGAUGUGGUGAUUGAGCGGCAAAGCGGCGAGCAGACUCUUCAGGAGUAUUUGAGGAGCUCGCAGCAUUCUCAGAGUAAAGGCUGGUCAUGA